CUGCUGGCUGGUCGGGCGGUUGGCUCGAACUCAACGGAGGCUCGCGUUCUUUUCUCUUCGCCGCACACGGAAAGGUUGGUUUGCCCGUGCGGAGCAACGCUGCUGGAUGCCGCUUCGGCUGCCGAGCGACACGGAGGGAAGGAAGGAGCACGCAGGUACCUCGAGCGAAGAGCUGUCACCCUGGGACUUGUCAGUAGGAAAAGUUUGAGAAGGGGGCUGAGGACACACCCUUCUCGUGCUAAACUCUAGAGGCCGUGUAAGACGGCGCUCGGGGGGCCGCGUGUAACGGAAAGUUUCCACCCCGAGGCUCACGCCGCCUGCCGUUCCGAACAGCUAAGCUGGUCUCGUGCUGGAGUUGUGGCGUUCUUCUACGCUCCACAGCUUCCAACUCCGACUGCGCAAGACAGCGUGCCGCUGGGAUCGCUGCCGCUCACCUGCAGCCCACCUGCCGCCCUGCAGCUGCCCACCCGCUGUUCUCCUGGUUCCUCGGAGGCUCAGCUUGGCAGCCGCCUGUACAGUAUGAAGCGACCCCUGACCCCGGAGCAUCACCUUCUCGAAAAUCUGAAGACUGGCACGCAGCUUGUGAACCAUGCCGAAGAGAAGGAGCCAAGCAACGGACCCACAGAUCUGCAGAGGAUUCAGGAGAAGAAGAAGCUGCUCUACUCCCUCUGUGAGGCCUGCAACAUCCAGCUGUACUCGGCGGCCCAGGCGCAGGUCCACUACAAUGGCAAGUCGCACCUGAAGCGGGUCAAGCAGCUCAACAACGGCAAGAUUCCUCCUAGCGCUCCUGCUGCUUCCUCCACAGGGAGCGCAUGCCAGGGUGGCACACUGUCGUCGCUUGCCAGAGCUCCUGCCCUGAUGAUGCAGCCCUCGCUGGACGUCAAGCCCUUCAUUUCGUUCCCGGUGGACACGAGUUCGGCUGCUGGACUCUUCCCAAACUUUAAUACGAUGGAUCCUGUACAAAAGGCUGUGAUUAACCACACGUUUGGAGUGUCGAUUCCCCCAAAGAAAAAGCAAGUGAUUUCCUGCAACAUCUGCCAGCUGCGCUUUAAUUCCGACAGCCAAGCCGAGGCGCACUACAAAGGAAGCAAACACGCCAAGAAGCUCAAAUCCCAGGACUCGGGGAAAACGAAGCAGAAAUCCUCGUCUGCCAAGAACGGCUCCAAGGCGGGCAGCGCUGGCACCAGCGGCCCCUCAGCUGGCCCACCUAACAAGACCGACAAAUCAGAAAAAAGAGCAGCAUCCAGCAACAUGGCAAGGCCCACUACCCGGUCAGCAGGGCUUCUGCCCAUCAGUGUGCCCAAGCCAGCCACCCUGGAAACAACACCCCGUGAAACGGCACCGGUCACACUGCCGGUAAAAAACGGAGAGGGGCCGAUGCCCACCGAGUCCGAGGAGGAGAAAGCCAGGAAGUUACUGUACUGUUCGCUAUGCAAAGUGGCCGUGAACUCGCUGUCACAGCUCGAGGCGCACAACACAGGCUCAAAGCACAAAACAAUGCUGGAAGCUCGCAAUGGUGCCGGUCCAAUCAAGGCGUAUCCAAGACCCGGGUCCAAACUCAAGGUCCAGACCAGCGUGGUGAAAGGUUCGGGUCUGCAGAACAAAACGUUCCAUUGUGAAAUCUGCGAUGUCCACGUGAACUCCGAGAUCCAGCUAAAGCAGCACAUUUCCAGUCGGCGGCACAAAGACCGAGUGGCAGGCAAGCCCAUGAAGCCCAAGUACAGUCCGUACAACAAGCAGCAGCGGAGCCCCAGCAUCCUCGCAGCCAAACUUGCAUUCCAGAAGGACAUUGUGAAGCCACUGGCGCCAUCUUUCCUGUCGCAUCCCUUCUCGGCUGCCGCCAUGUCGCCUCUGCCUCUCCAGGCCCGACCCAACGCUUCGCUCUUUCAGACUCCAGCUUUACCGCCGUCUCUGUUGAGGGCAGCUCCAGGACCCCUGCGCCCCCCGGCAGGCUCCAUCCUCUUUGCACCCUACUGAGCCGUCACCGGCCUGUUAC